AUGUCGUUAUCCAGCAAGCUUUCCAUCCGUGACCUUGAACUCAAGGACAAGCGUGUCCUCAUUCGUGUCGACUUUAACGUUCCUUUGAAGGAAGGCACCAUCACUAACAACAACCGUAUCGUUCAAGCUCUUCCUACUGUCAAGUAUGCCCUUGAACAAGGUGCCAAGUCUGUUGUCUUGAUGUCUCACUUGGGUCGUCCUAACGGCCAAGUCCAAGCCAAGUCUUCGCUUGCCCCUGUCGCCAAGGAAGUCGAGAAGCUCCUUGGCAAGCCUGUCACUUUCCUUUCCGAUUGUGUUGGUGAGGAAGUUGAAAAGCACUGCCAAAACCCCAAGGAUGGUGAAGUCAUUUUGCUUGAAAACUUGCGUUUCCAUAUUGAAGAGGAGGGUUCGCGCAAGGACGAGAACGGUAACAAGGUCAAGGCUGACCCUGAGCAAGUCAAGAAGUUCCGUGAAAGCUUGACCAAGCUUGCUGAUGUCUAUGUCAAUGAUGCUUUUGGUACUGCUCAUCGUGCUCACUCCUCCAUGGUCGGUGUUGACUUGCCUCAACGCGCUGCUGGUUUCCUUAUGCAAAAGGAACUCGAGUACUUUGCAAAGGUUUUGGAACACCCCGAACGUCCAUUUUUGGCUAUCCUUGGCGGUUCCAAGGUCUCUGAUAAGAUCAAGUUGAUCGAAAACAUGCUUGAUAAGGUCAAUGCUUUGAUCAUCACUGGUGCCAUGGCCUUCACUUUCAAGAAGACCCUUGAGAACGUCAAGAUUGGCAACUCUCUCUUUGAUGAGGCUGGUUCCAAGCUUGUCAAGGAUCUCGUUGACGCUGCCAAGGCUAAGAAUGUCAAGCUUGUGUUCCCUGUCGACUAUGUUACUGGUAACAAGUUUGGUGAGGAUGCUGAAGUUGGCCAUGCUACUGAUGAGAGUGGUAUCCCUGAUGGUUGGCUUGGUCUUGACUGUGAUGAGAAGUCCAACGAGAUCUUCCGUAACGAAAUCCUUGCUUCCAAGACCAUUCUCUGGAACGGACCUACUGGUGUCUUUGAGAUUGAAAAGUUCGCCAAUGGUACCAAGUCUGCUUUGAAUGCUGUCAUUGAAGCUACUCAAAAGGGUGCUACUACUAUUGUGGGUGGUGGUGAUACUGCUACUGCUGCUCUCAAGUGGGGUGCUGAAGGCAAGAUUAGCCACAUCUCUACUGGUGGUGGUGCUUCCCUUGAAUUGUUGGAGGGCAAGGAAUUGCCUGGUAUCACUGCUCUUUCCAACAAGGCUUGA